AUUAACUCCAAAAGAUUAAACUCCACGGUUUCCCAGCUCAAAAGUUGCCUCUGCGUGAGUAAUUUUGUGAAGUUUUGAGAGGGGCAGAGGACCUUUUUGAGUGUUUCUGAAGUUUUAGCGGGAGAAAGUUGAGUUUUUGAUUGGUUCGGAGGGCGAAUUUUUCCGGGUUUGUGAGGUUUUAGUGAGAGAAAGUUCAGUUUUGAUGUUCUUAGAGAGAGAUUUUGUGGGCCUGUGAAGAUGCAGUGUGGGAUGGUUUAAUUUUUUUAUGUUUUUGGAGAGAAGCUUUGUGGGUUUGUGCAGAGUCUUAGUGAGAGAAAGAUGUGAGAAUCAGGUGAAGUUUUAGUGAGAGAAAGUCGUCUUUUUUAAAUGGUUUAGAGACGGGGAAUGGUGGGUUUUCAGGAAGAGAGUUUUUAUUUAUUUAUUUUGCUUUUAGAGAGAGAAAAAUCUUGGAGUCUUUCUGAAGUUUUUAGUGAGAGAAAGUUGUUUCUUCAUAAUAAAUUUAUAGAGAGAAAAAUGGAACUCUUUGUGGAGUUUUGAGAGAGGAACUUCGACGGAUGUCUCAGUGAGGGAAAGUUCUUGAGAAUUUUCUAUCAGAAAGAAAGAGGAAUUUUCAUCAGAGCUUCAAAUCCAAGUAGGCCCAACAACCAAAAGCAGCAUAACUGCAUAUCCAUUUCUUCCCAAGUUUCAGAAUUCAGCUCAUUUGAAUCCCUAAUCAUUUGAAUGUAAAUCAGGCUGAAAACAUCUGGGGAAGAAGAGAAAGAACCGAAAAUUGGUGGAAAGAAAAUUCAAAGAUUUCCCAGUUAAGGAUGGUGAACUUGUGCUUUCCAAAAUGUAGACUGCUAAGGGUAAUGGGCACGCUUCAAAUUAUAUUGGGAGGCCUUGUUAUAAUUGUAAGCAUAUCUAGUCUCUUCAGGUUCUACUCCGCCGGGUUUUUCCUGCACAAUGAAGAUAUUUGUCGCCAUUUCUAUGGCUUCAAGGAAGAUUAUGAGGGCUUUGAUAUCAAGGCGUUGUCCGCACGGGUUGAAGAAGUACUAGCCCAGAUGGAAAGUUUACAGAACAAGCUUGAAUCGACAGUACAACAGAUGGAGAAGAACAAGGAGUCUAUGGCUGCCAACAUUUCAAAAACUGAAUAUAAAAAGUUCUUGGAGGAGGAGGUGAUUCAGCCCCUUUACAGUGCUCACAUUUCUCUCAGACAGAUUCGGUUUCCCAGGGCUGAAGGGAUUGGGAAUGCGACGAUUAAGGAGGAGCCCUUGAUCAAUUCCUUUGUAGUGGAAGAGAUUCGGAAAUAUAUAACCCCAAAGGAGAACAGGCUUGGGAGGAUCAAUAUUUAUGGAACAGGGAAGGUAUACAACACUAUAGGACAUGCUUGUGUGCUAAUGAAGAAGGAAUUGGAAGAGUACAUGGACUAUGAUAUUGGGUCGUAUUGUAAAGAUGAUUGGAAUCAAGCCCAGAAGCUCAUGAUCAACGGCUGUGAUCCAUUGCCCAGAAGGCGGUGCCUGACAAGGGCAUCGAAGCUCUAUUUCAGGCCGUAUCCAAUCAAUGAGUCUCUCUGGAGAAUACCAGAUGGUAGAAAUGUAAGGUGGAGUAACUAUCAGUGCAGGAACUUUGAAUGCUUAUCGAGCAAGAAUCCAAAGAGGGGGUAUUCAAAGUGUGCUGGGUGUUUUGAGAUGGAGAAUGAAAAGCUUAAAUGGGUGACCAACAGCUCACUGCCUGUAGAUUUCUUGAUAAGGGAUGUUCUGGGAAUCAAGCCGGGCGAGAUCAGGAUAGGCCUGGACUUUGGUAUUGGUACUGGGACUUUUGCAGCAAGGAUGAGGGAACAGAAUGUUACUAUCAUCUCAACUGCUCUCAAUCUUGGGGCUCCUUUCAGUGAGACAAUCGCACUUAGGGGCCUGAUUCCUCUGUAUGUGACACUGAAUCAACGGCUCCCCUUCUUUGAUAACACCAUGGACUUGAUUCAUACAAGUGGGUUCAUGGAUGGCUGGCUGGACCUGCAGCUGAUGGACUUCAUCUUAUUCGACUGGGAUCGGAUCUUAAGGCCUGGAGGGUUGCUAUGGAUCGACCGGUUCUUUUGUGACAGGAAGGCUCUGGAUGACUACAUGUACAUGUUUCUGCAGUUCAGGUACAAAAAACACAAGUGGUCUAUUUCUCCCAAAUCAGGAGAUGACGUUUUUCUUUCUGCAUUGCUGGAGAAACCUCCAAGAUCCCUAUGAUCAUACAGUGUUAAUUGCCUUUUCCUUGUUUUUAAUGAUCUUAAGCUAUGAACUCCAACAUAUUUUCUUGUGACUUGUACUCUCAAAUGUUAUCUCAAGUGUUUAUAUACAGAAUUUUCCUGCAGA